UGCUAUAGUCGCCCCUAUCCCACCACCACCAACAACAACACCCAGGAACGCUCACCACAGUGCUGGCACUCUCUACAUUACUGGCACUCUCUACAUUACUGGCCUUCAACAUGGCGAUGGCAUCUCCUAUGGAGAGACUUCAAGUGCUGGAUAAUAUAGAGAAGGACAUUGCUACGGUGUUGCAGUCAGCAGGUCAGGCCCUGACAGAAUUAAGCAAGGAUAAACCAGCCAACAAGCAGGUCGAAGCUCAUGUUAAUCAGUUUCGGCAGACCCUCACGAACGUUGAGACCGAGUUGGCCAAGCAAAUUAACUACCUUACACAGGUAUCUACAGGACAAGCCCAUGAGGGGUCUAGCUACAACUCCCAGAAGACCUUACAAAUGGCAAUGCACCGCCUUGAUCAUGCGAGGACUCGAGUCAACGAGCUGGAAGCUAUCAAAAGUAAGCACAUACAGCUGCUACAGCAGCAUCAACUCCAGAAACAGCAGGGCAUGCCUCAACCACCACAGUCAUCUUGAUAUUAGCUUUUUCAAUUUUCCAUAGUGAAAAUACAUUAACUACUUGUUAAUAACGUAUUUGGCAGGGAGCACAAAUACACGUUACUUUACUUUAUAAACUUUAAUACAAUACAGCAUUUGUAAUAUAAUUUUUGGUUUAAUAUAACUUUCCCUCAAGAUGUAAGGUGUCCUUGUCAAUCCCAUGUUGGAUUUUCUUCUCAAGAUGUUACAAAAAUUUUAUCAUUGAUCCAAUUCGGAUGCUGACCUCUUCAUACAAUUGGAUUAAUCAGUUCUCCAGUAGGAUUGGAAUUAUAUUAAGUGGUUACAUUUAAUUGUUUUGAAUUACAGUAUAUUAUAAAAGUGAUCAUAGUGUUAGUUUGUAUUUUGUAUCUUUAUAUAAAAUAUAAAAGUAAACAUAAAUAGCAGUGUGUUAGUUGAACCCCCAUCCAUUAAGAAAGUAGAGGUGGUAUGAUUUAGUUUGUCUCGGGACAUCACAGUUUCAGAUUAGUGAAUUUGGCCCAUACUGUGGCAAAUGUUAGGCUCACAAUCAAGUUUGAACCCACACUGAAGUAGUCACUGUUGGCUUUAAUAGCUUUUGCUUACUGGCUCAUCACAAAAACAACUAGUUUAUAAAUACAGUGUCCACAGUUAUGUAAUAUUAUCAAUCUUGUCACUUGUUCGCAAAUUAAAUUUUUUAACCCAUACACCAAUUUUUAAGUUUUCAAUGCUUACAUAUUGAGCUCUAUUACACAGAAAUAAAUAAAUGUAUUUCCUUUGACACUGGCAAGUGUGUUUCACUCGAGCCACACAAAUAUAGAGACCACUCACUAAUUUGGAUCAUGUGUAGCAAACCUGCAUCCAAGUUACCUAGAGAUGGUUCUAAGAAUGAGCCCACAGCCCAGUCUCUGACCAGACCUAGGUGAUGGUCUGGUUAAAAUAAAUUUUAACUUGUUAGAUUUUGAUGCUGUCAUUACUGCCCACAGAUUAGAAUACUGUAGUCAACUUUACAGUGCAGGAACAUAUUACUGUACACAUUAGAAUGAAAGGACUCAAAUGAUAUAUUUAACAUGAAAAUCUAAACAUAAAAUGUGCCUUUUAGUAUCUUAACCUUAAAAAAAUUUAGAUUGUCAAGCACUUGUAAAGUAAUUUUAAUUGCCAGAUUCUGAUGCAUUACUAGUUGAAGGUACUUGGCAUUUAGGUCUAAUUUUUUUCAUUGGCUUUGAUCAGUUCUUUGACCUGCCUGAAGUAUGAAUAUAAACCUCCUGUACCUCAAUUUUCACUGUUGAAAGCACAAUUAAUAAAAUGAUAAAUGCUUCCCAUAAAAGGAA